AUCCCACCAUGAAAUUCUUUCAACGCAACCCGCCACAGAACUGAGAGCGUUAUUGAUAUCCUUCAUGAAAACUAUUAAUUUUUACUGGUUUGUCGUGCUUUAAAACCGCCAAAAUUCCGCCGAAAAGCCAAAGUCGGUUAUUAUCUGCUGAAAUUUCAGCCCAGGGUGGGCACUGUAACAUCUAUUGGACUGUAGAACCCGAAGGCGCAACUGGUGUUUUGGACAUCAAUUUUGAACCCGAGUGGGACCCUAGCUGAUAUUUGCUAAAGGAUCAAAUUUUCCACUUUGCAGUGCUUCUGCGAAUUAGCUAGUAGGCCCUUUUAUCUGUUAUCUGUGGACAUUUGUGCUUUAGUGUUUUCUAAGUGUAAUAAUGGAUCUAAUCACUGCAUCUUUCUCCAUCAAGACUCAUGAUAGUCAAAAAACUAUACGCAAAAUAGUGGAUGAAAAGGUUCAUGAUCAUGAGGAUAGAGAGGAUCAAGACGAUCCUUUCUUCAUUUCUGACUUGGGUGACAUUGUUCAGAAACACAGUCGAUGGAAGACCCUGCUUCCACGUGUCGAGCCGCAUUAUGCUGUGAAGUGUAACCCUGAUCCUGCCGUAUUGACCACCCUCGCUGCUCUUGGAACUGGAUUUGACUGUGCAAGCAAGGCUGAGAUUCAGACAAUGCUGGAGUUAAGUGUGUCACCGUCUCGCAUCAUCUUUGCCAACCCUUGCAAGCAGAAAUCACAUUUAAAGUAUGCAUGCGACACCAACGUGUCCCUUAUGACUUUUGACAAUGAAGACGAGCUGUACAAGGUCAAAAGAUUGUAUCCAGGUGCAAGACUUGUUCUUCGCAUACUGACUGAUGACACUACAGCCCAGUGCCAGCUGGGUCUGAAGUAUGGCUGUCACCCAAAGCAUGCCCGCUACCUGCUCCAGGUCGCAAAGCAGCUUGACCUCAAUGUCGUAGGUGUAAGCUUUCACGUGGGCAGUGGUUGUCGCGAAUCUAGUGCCUACACAAAAGCUAUAGCAUCUUCUCAUGAUGUAUUUGAAGCAGCACACUACAUUGGCUACCAUAUGGACUUGUUGGAUAUAGGGGGCGGUUUCCCUGGUCAGCCGAGUGCUCCUAUUGCUUUUGAAGAGUUUGCAGAAGUGAUUAACCGUGCCUUGGAUGAGUACUUUCCUGUGAGUUGUGGAGUUCGUGUGAUUGCUGAGCCAGGCCGAUAUUUUGUUGCAUCUGCUUUUACCCUUGCAGUGAAUGUCACAGCUAAGCGUGUUGUAGCCAGAGACAUCAAAACAUUUGAGGUGCCAGAAUCCAAAGAUCUGGUCUCCAACACUGUUGCCCCAACCAAAUGUGAAGAGCCAGCUUACAUGUACUAUGUGAAUGAUGGUGUGUACGGGUCGUUUAACUGUCUCCUCUAUGACCAUGCCUCUGUUGAGCCAACCAUAAUGACCGAUCAUUCUGGAGAGAUGGAGUACUCUACGAGUAUCUGGGGUCCAUCUUGCGAUGGGCUGGACAGAAUUAUUGAGCAUACUACCAUGCCAGAGCUUGAGGUUGGCGAGUGGAUCUUAUUCAAAGAUAUGGGAGCAUACACGAUGUGUGCUGGUUCAGAGUUCAAUGGUUUCAAGCGACCUGUGGUUUAUUAUGUCCUUCCUAAUAACCUGAGGGUACCAAUGCAUCAGAUGCUGCAACAGGAAAACAAGGAAUUCAAAAUAAGUACAAGCAACACCAAGUGUACCAAUUACCGUGGGUACUUCAUAGAGGAUGCUGUUGGUUUUGCUUUUGAAGAUGCUGACCUCUUCUCCCACCAUCCUCCAUCUAUUGAUAUUAGGGCCUGACAGCUGAUCACAAAUUUUUGUCGAAACACAAGUAUUAAAUUUUUUCUGUAAUGUUUUUUUUUCUCUUGUAUAUAGAAAAAAUAUGUGAUUUUAAGUGAUUUAGUCGUACCCUGGGGAGAUAUAUUUAUUUAUAGCAUUCCACCGACAAAUUUAAUUCAUGCAUAGAACGAUUUGAAUAACUACAAACAUUUUCAGAUUUGAAAAUAUUGAAAAUUACUGGCAUCAUAGUUUAACAUUUAGUAGAUAUUUGAUUUUCUCUUUAUUAGGAAUUUUGUUAGCUCAGCAGUCUUAAAAAGAUUUUGUUAGGUUAACAAUAUUGUUAAUAUAAAAUAUAUUUUCCAAAGAAUGUGUGAAAUUAUUAGUAUUUUCUUGCAUAGACUCUGUAUUGUAAAUGGUUUUUCUAGAAAGCAUUUGGAUAGCUGAAAUUUACUGUCACGGCAGUUGCACAUACCACCAUGCUUUGAUAAUAGGCUUAAGUUAAGGGGGACUAUAAAUUAGCCAUUCUAAUAGAGAACAAUGAUUAAUAAUUAGGAGCUCACAAUGUAACAAAAUUUAAAUGUGAGGAGAAAAUGGUGCAAAAACUACAAUCGAAAUAAAUUAAUACUAGUCAACUGCCUGAAAUAUAUUAGUACUGCAAAUAAUAACACUUUUAAUAUAUAUAUAUAUAAAAUAAUUGAAAUUAUUAAAUGGUAAGCGAAUGUCAAAUUACAUGAAUACACAUGUUUAAAAUAAUAAGCAGUGGAUGAUGCAUCAAGCAAUAAGCAAAUGGUACAACAUAUAUUGAGUUUUCCUGAAUAUUUAUUUGAAAUACAUUGUAAACAGUUCACUUGAUAAUGGAAUAUGAUCUUUAUCUUGCAUUUAAAAAAUAAUGUUCUGAUGAAUUUAUAAUUUUGUUGGAUGGUAAAUGAUGGGAGAUUUUAUUUGCAUAGCUGUGUGUGUAUACAGGAGGCUAUUAAGAAAUUAAAAAAUAUUUGUACUGUAUUAGGUAAAUUACUGUAAUAGGCAAUUAACCUUGAGGUAAUGGCAAAAACAUAUUUUUGGAUUUAAGAAUUCUUUUCAAAAAACAGAAAGAGUUCAUUCCAUGUGGGUUUAGUUUUUUUGGUUUUAUUAAAUUUUACGGUAACAAAGUAAAUAUCACCGGUGGUUAAAUAUGGUGAUGAUUGACAAUAUUUGUGGUUUUCAGUGUAGCACCAUUGUGAUUUAAUUUUCAACCGGUAGUAACUGACAUUGCUGCUAACUUUGUCUUGUACAGUAUUAUUGUUUGGUAAUUGGCAUAUCAAAGGAAUACAAUGUCUGACCAAUCAUAUAUCAUUCAGAAAGUUAUAAGUGUCGUUAAAAUGCAGCUUGUGAUAUAAUUAAAAGUGAUCUAAUCAAAUUGCUA